GCCCUUCUCCAAGAACUCGAAGAGAUUAAGCGUAAACGAGCUCGAUCCCCAAUUCUCGAUCCGGUUUCUGCUUCCAGAAUGCCGUCAGCCAGCGUGGAACCCGGUUAUAGGACUCGUUAUGAUCAUCACAUAUUUGCAUGCAAGUUAAACGCUGUUUUUCAUCGACCUGUAAAUCAGUCAUCAAUCCACUUCGCUUUUUACGGUGCUUACGAAGCUGAUAGAUUCCUGCAUCAAACCCGUAUUGGGUCUAGAGUGUAA